UGCAACUCGAUCUUGGGGUCAUGAGUUUGAGCCCCAUGUCCGAGUGUAGAGAUUACUUAAAUAUAAAAAAUCAACUCCCGGUUAGGGUCAGUGCAAAGGGCUGGGCUCCAGAAACAAGAUGAGAAGUUUGUUUGGGGUCCACGUCAUGAGUGGGAAUCAGGAUACCAGCCCUCCUGCCCUAGGCUGGGGGCCCCCACUGUCCCCUCAGCCCUUUACCAUCAUCAGCCUGUGCAUCUUCUGCAUGUGGACAGUGUGUGGAUCAGAGUGGCUACUCUCUUGCUGCUACCAACAGCCUGUCCCCCCGCACAGGCCCUCCCCGAGCCUCCGGGGGCCCAGCACGGGGCCGAGUACAUCAGGUAUCGCAUUUCCGUUGGCACCCUUGUUACAACCCCCCAAGGGGAUGCCUCCGUUUGACAGCUUUCCCGCAGAAUGGGGCAAAAGAAGCAGCGGCUGUUGGAGGCAGAACAGCAUCUGAGUCCACCAGACAGAGCCCAGACGCUUUCCCCUCUGGAGCCCUGCUUGCGGCCACCUGCAACCCUGAGCCCCCAGCGCAGCAUCUACUUCUCAAGCCCAAAAAGCCACUCUGCACAGCUGGGAUCUGAGUUUUUCGACCAGCCCGCUGUCCCCCUGGCGCGGGCAUUUCUGGGACAGGUCCUGGUUCGACGACUUGAGGACGGCACAGAGCUCCGCGGCCGCAUUGUGGAGACGGAGGCAUACGUGGGGCCAGAGGAUGAAGCUGCCCACUCUAGGGGUGGCCGGCUGACCCCCCGCAACCGUGGCAUGUUCAUGAAGCCAGGGACGCUGUACGUGUACAUCAUCUAUGGCAUGUACUUCUGCAUGAACGUCUCCAGCCGAGGGGAUGGGGCGUGUGUCCUACUGCGAGCGCUGGAGCCCCUGGAGGGCCUGGAAACCAUGCGGCAGCUUCGUAGCACCCUCCGCAGGGGCGCCGCGGGCCGAGCCCUCAAAGACCGCGAGCUAUGCAGCGGCCCCUCCAAGCUGUGCCAGGCCCUGGCCAUCGACAAGAGCUUCGACCAGCGGGACCUGGCCACGGACAAAGCUGUGUGGUUGGAGCGCAGCCCCCCGGGGUCCGGUGAGCCAGCUGUGGUGGCGGCAGCCCGAGUGGGCAUUGGCCAUGCGGGAGAGUGGGCCCAGAAGCCCCUGCGCUUUUAUGUCCGGGGCAGCCCCUGGGUCAGUGUGGUAGACAGAGCAGCUGAGCAGAAUGCACGGACCUGAGCAAGGGUCUGCUCCGACAAGGCUUUUUAAUUAAGAACCAAAUAAACGUUCUAUGUCCAGAAAA